AUGGCUCGCAAACGAGAAGUUAUCUUGGACGACCCAGACAUCGAUAGUCACUCAGACUCCUCGGAUAACGAAGACGAUCAGAUCGAAUUCGAUGACAGAGAUCUGCAAGACGAACAUUCCUUAUUCGAUGACCCUUACAAGAACAAACGAAACAAAAGAAGGAAGAUGAACGAUGGAAAAAAUGAUGCUAUCUACGGGGUUUUUGCCACUGAAGCUGACCAGCAGAACACCAACAAACCUGACAAACGUUUUCACCGAGCUCAAGCCUUCGUACAAGCUUCAUCUAGCUCUACAACUCUCGCGAACGAAACGGGAAAUCUCACCCACACCCAGGAUGAACAAGAAGCUAGUCAACACUCAUCUGCUGAGGACGAUUCAGGAUCCGAUUCAUCCGACUCAUCCGAUUCAAAAUCGGAUUCAGUCAAAGAAAUUGAUGACCCCAAUCCUCCUUCUCUCAGUGAAACUCAUACCUCCGACUUAGGCUCACGUCAUGGCGUCGGCUCAUCAGCCUCCAAUAGCGACUUCAGAGCUAUGCUGGGGGCAGGAGGAGGCUUGGGAUCUCGCGGACUAGGCCAUCGCUCCUCCCCAACGACUACCGGUCGAAACGGACUUGGAUCCAAACAAGCUGAUGAGAUUGACAAUGCAUCAAAAACUGCUGAUCAAGACACACUCGAACCCGCUGUCCCUCGCCGCUCGUUCCUUGGCGCCCAGCAGUCCAAUCCCUCUGUGCAGCCCGCCACGAAGAAACCGCUAUCAAAGGCAGAACAGCAGCAUUUCGCAAAACUGGCGAGCAACAAGACGUCAUCGAUCGGCUUGAAGAUGCUUCAAAAUAUGGGCUGGAAGAGUGGGACUGGCUUAGGUACACAGGGUGAAGGAAUCGUCACCCCGCUCGAGACCAAAGCGCGUCCCAAAGGUAUGGGGUUGAGCUACAAAGGAUUCGAGGAGAGGACAACUCAAGCAAAAGAAGAGGAUCGUCGAAACGGCAAGAUAGUUGAUGAUGAGGAUAGUAAAAAAACCAGCAAGAAGAAAGAUAAGAGCAGCGUUCGCGAAGCUUGGAAGGCAAAGCCCAAAGCACCAAAGAAGACCAAAGUAGUUCAUCGGACAUACGAGCAAAUCAUUUCCGAACUUGAUGCGGACCAGAUGUCGGUAGAUCCUGGCGUUGGAGAAAUCAUUGAUCUCACCGGUCGCAAAUUGCCUAGUCUAAACACGACUUUAACACACCAUUCGAGGGGACCGACUGAGGAAGAACAAGAGCACCGUCUGCCAGAGCUGAUGCACAAUCUGGCAUUGAUCUGCGACAUAUCGAAGGGGAGCCUCAUCCACCUGGCCAAGGAGGGACAAGCAAUCAAGCAGAAAUCUCAACAACUCGCCAACGACCAAGCCCGUUCAGAGCAUAUCGUCAGCCUUCAGCAGCAGAAGCUGAGCAAGAUCAAACGGAUCGUCGAGCUGACUCGGUUGACUAAAGCCACUUACUCAAACAUCAUCAAUCAAAUCACCGAUAAUACUACCGCCAUCGAGAUCUGUGAGAUGAUUGAUCAGUUUGAUGGAUUAUUCUUUGAAUUACUCGAGUUUCUCUCUGACAAUCAGAAGACUGAGCACGACUCAUUGAGAUUGGACGAGAUUGUUGUUUCUGCCCUGGCUCCAAUCUUACGGCAGGUAUGGAGUCGGUGGGAUGUACUCCAGCAGCCUGGUCUCUCCGUCAAGGAAUUGAAGCGGUUUAGAAAAUGUUUUCGAACAGACCCAGGUUCCCGUGGGUCCAAACCAAACGACGAAGACGAAAUCUUCCAGCACCCAUUGUUCCCCACGCCCUCUCGGGGUUCAACCUUGCAAUCCAACCGCAAGAUGUCAGCAUACGAGAGUUUGAUUUGGAACGAUUGGCUGCCGAGGAUCCGCUCAGCGGUAAAUGUUUGGUCACCUUACCAGUCUGAGGAAAUGGUCACGAUCUACACGAGUUGGAAGCCGAUCCUCCCUCCAUUCGUACACGACAAUUUUCUCGAUCAAUUGAUAGUACCCAAGCUGCUCGCCUCAAUUGGCGAUUGGGAUUUCCGGGAACAAAAUGAAGCGUUCGACAGUACCCGACCGGAUACCAAGCGAGUCUCGCUGCAUCUGUUUGUUUUCCCAUGGUUGGAGCUGGUCGGAGCCUAUCGGAGUGAAUUGAUCCUGACAGAAGUCAAGCUCAAACUGUCGGCUUGGUUGAAGUCGUGGAAGUACACAUCGAUGGAAACUGCUGAAGAAGGACUGAUGAUCCAGGACUUGCUGGUAUGGAAGAAGGAUGUACUGAAGCGGCGUGACUGGGAUAAGAUGAUCCUGAAAACGGUUGCCCCACAUCUGGCGAGCUACUUGCGGACCAAUCUAUCGAUCAACCCGAAAAACCAAAACCUUCGUCCGUUCCAGGUGAUGCUCAAUUGGUGCCAGCUGAUUAGCAAUCAAGAAAUCCUAGACCAACUCUUAACCAAUGAAUUUUUCUCCAAAUGGAUCGACACUUUAUGGAUCUGGUUGACCUCGCCCUCUGCCAAUGGAGAUCAGAUCGGAGAGUGGUAUAAUUGGUGGAAAUCCUUAUUCCCCGAAUCCCUAUUGAGCGACCGAUCGAUCGUUAGUUUGGGGUUCGCCACGGGCCAAGAACUGAUGAACCAGGCCAAAUCGUUAUCUUCCUUAGGAGGCAAUCUGAAGGCUCAACUACCUAAACCUGAUUUGGCCGCCAUAACUGCUGCACUGGCUUCAUCGUCACGAUCCAGAAGAAAAUCGAACAGGGAGGAGUCUAAAUUUAAGAAAUCGGUCGGAACUCGACUCGAGGAGAUCACCUUCAAAUCGAUUGUGGAGGAAGAAGUCGAGAAGAAAAACCUGUUCUUGAUCCCCUUGGGUAAAACGCUCGACUCUAACGGCCGAUCCUUGUUCAAAGUCUCUAACCAGUUCACCCCACACUCCGGCGGUCUCAUUAUCUCAAUCUCCGAUGACGUCGUCUUUGUGAAAAACUCAUCUAAAAAAUCGUCGCUCGAGCAUUCUCACCUUAACGGUGAUGGAGACGACUGGGAACCCAUGCUACUUGAAGAUAUGUUGGAAAAAGCUCUCGUCGUCAUCAAUCCUUCAACGUGA